UAGGCACAAACUGUAACAUGGAAGGCAUUCGACAAAGUAAAAUAACCGACGCGUGGAUUCUACGUACUCAAAAAGACAAGUUUGCCAACAGACUCAUAUUGUUUGGGCCAAGAGAGCAGCAAUGUUUCACCAAGCAAGGAGGAUGCCUCGUAGUAUAUUAUGGAUGGACAUCGUCCUGAUAUCAUUAACUUUAUCUAUUAUUUGUUUGACAAGUCGCUCAGUCGCAUUACCAACAAAUAAUUCGAUAACUUGUGAUGAAGCAAGAUUGCGAUGUGCAUAUAGAACCGGAUGUGGAAUGGCUUUACAACACUACCUUACACGUUGCACUUCGGUUCUUCAUGAGAAUAUUAACGAAUGUCCAGAAUCCUGCCAACAUGCUCUCAUUGCACUCACUAGUACUGAUGAAGGAAAAGAUCUAAUGCGGUGCGAUUGCACCAAUGGAGACCAUCUAUGCAUGCAGUCAAAACAGAGGGUAGAAAUAUGCAGAUCUUCAGUUAUAGCGGCGAUGAAUAGGACACGAAUAUCCUGCAGAAUAGCCACAUGGAUAUGCAACGCUGAUGCUCUUUGUUCAACGGCAUUGAAUUACUACCACGUAAAUUGUAAAAGUAUGUUUCUUGGGCGAAAAUGCACACCUCGGUAA